AUGGCACACUUAACAAUUCCCCCUCUUCCCAAGUUUUCGACCAUACCACCUUCAUCUCCAACUCAUAUCAUGGAUUCCAUUUCUUCCUCUACAAGUGUUUCUCGGCCAACCCGAGAAAAUUCUUCCAAUGACUAUCGCAUUUAUGCCUCAUUUUGUGCAAGAGAUCCAAUGCCAAACAUCAACAUAUCCAACUGGAUAGAGUGUUACAACCCUUCAAACAACUCGUGGGAUAUAGUUACCAUGAUCCCGGGACUCAUCGAAAACCAUAUCUUAAAGGGUUUUGCCAUGGUAUCGAUAGGUGACUCCAUUUAUGUAAUUGGAGGACGACUUUGUCAUAAGGUGGUAGGACGUGACCCUGGUGACAUUGUUGAAGUUGACCUAGAGGUCCUCCCAUCUGUCCUUCGGUACAAUGUUCGUACGGACUCAUGGUCCAAAUGUGCACCAUUAGCCAUACCCCGGUUUGAUUUUGCAUGCACUGUUUGUGACAAUAGGAUUUAUGUAGCCGGAGGACAAAGCACAUUGGCUAGCGCUCGGGGAAUUUCAUCGGCUGAGGUUUACGACACAGUGCUUGACGAGUGGAGACCAUUGCCUAACAUGAGCACAUUGAGGUACAAAUGUGUUGGUGUGACAUGGCGAGGAAAAAUCCACGUGGUAGGUGGGUUUGCUGAGAGAGGAGAUAGCGAUAGUCCCGGACCAUACAACACGCAAAGGAGUUCAGCUGAGGUGUACGACACGCGACGUAACGCGUGGGAUUUCAUGGCAAGAAUGUGGGAGUUAGAUGUGCCACCUAAUCAAAUUGUGGCUAUUGGAGGGAGGCUUUUUAGCUCAGGUGAUUGUUUAAAUGCAUGGAAGGGCUAUAUUGAGUUAUAUGAUGGGAAGCUCAAUAUGUGGGACAUGGUUGAUGGGUCCCAUUUACACACUUUGUCAACUCCAAUUUCCACGUCGGAUAAUUGGCCAACGAUGCAAAGACUAUACUUAACCAUGGCUCCAAUUGGGACCCGGUUAUACUUCUUGGCGGGUUAUCGAACGCCAGGAGAGAUCUCAAGAUUGAGGUCGGAAGUACACGUGUUUGACACGUCAGCAAACGGCGGCGGGUGGAGGAGCUUUGAGCCACUGGAAGAGGAAAGGGAGAAGGAGCUUUGUUGUCACUGUUGUGUCCUUGGACAAGUCUUGUAG